AAAAAAAAGACUCCACUGACGCCUCGCAGACCACCGGGAGCGGGACUCUCGCUGUCCGCCCCUCCUCUCCUCGGGCUCCUCCUCCCACAAAGCUUCGUGGUAAAACCUCCGUGAUUUCCCUUCCCCACCCCACCCACCGCGGCGGCAGUCGUCUCCCCACCUACAAAUAUAUAACCACCCCAGCUUCGUCCGAGACGAGACCCUGCGCGAGAGGACUGGAGCACCUGCUGCAGCAAGUAGUGACGAGGAGCGUGCGUGCAGCCAAGGAAAGGAGUUGAGCAAUGGAGAAGGCCAUCGACAGGCAGCGGGUCCUGCUGCGGCACCUCAGCCCCGCGGCGGCGGCGGAGAGCCCCGCCCCGCCCGCCAUCUCCGCGAGCGCGUGCGCGGCGGGCGACAGCGCGGCGUACCACCGGACGCCUGCCUUCGCCGACGACGUCGUCAUCGUCGCUGCUUACAGGACGGCCAUUUGCAAGGCCAAGAGAGGUGGUUUCAAGGAUACCUUCGCUGAGGACCUCUUGGUUCCUGUCUUCAAGGCUUUGGUAGACAAGACGAAGCUGGACCCAAGUGAAGUUGGCGACAUUGUUGUCGGUACUGUCUUAGCUCCUGGUUCCCAGAGGGCAAUCGAAUGCAGAAUGGCUGCACUCUAUGCUGGUUUCCCUGACACUGUUCCUCUUAAGACUGUAAACAGGCAAUGCUCGUCUGGCCUUCAGGCAGUUGCAGAUGUUGCUACUGCUAUUAAAGCAGGGCUCUAUGACAUUGGUAUUGCUGCUGGUUUGGAGUCCAUGACAGUGAAUAAAGUUAGUCUUGAUGGGCAAGUGAACCCCAAAGUUGAGCUAUUUUCUCAAGCACGCGAUUGCCUUCUCCCAAUGGGCCUCACAUCCGAGAAUGUUGCACACCGUUUUGGCAUAACACGACUGGAGCAAGAUCAAGCUGCUGUUGAGUCACACAGAAAGGCUGCUGCUGCAGCAGCUGCUGGUAAAUUCAAAGAGGAAAUUGUGCCAGUGCAUACAAAGAUUGUUGAUCCAAAAACUGGUGAGGAGAAGAAGAUUGUAGUCUCAGCAGAUGAUGGAAUCCGACCGGAUACUUCGCUUGCAGUCCUGUCAAAACUCAAACCAGCAUUUUCAAAGGAUGGCACCACCACUGCUGGGAAUGCAAGCCAAGUGAGCGAUGGCGCUGGGGCUGUCUUGCUAAUGAGACGGGAUGUUGCUAUGAAAAAGGGUCUUCCAAUUCUUGGUGUCUUUAGGACCUUUGCCGCUGUUGGAGUUGAUCCAGCUGUAAUGGGUAUUGGUCCUGCUGUUGCAAUCCCUGCAGCAGUGAAAGCUGCUGGCCUCCAGAUGGAUGACAUUGAUCUUUUCGAAAUCAAUGAGGCUUUUGCAUCUCAGUAUGUCUACUGCUGCAAGAAGUUGGAACUUGAUCCUGCUAAAGUCAAUGUUAACGGUGGUGCAAUGGCUCUUGGACAUCCAUUGGGUUGUACAGGCGCACGGUGUGUCAGUACUCUUCUCAAUGAGAUGAAGCGCCGUGGCAAGGAUUGCCGGUUCGGAGUGAUUUCUAUGUGCAUAGGUUCUGGGAUGGGUGCUGCUGCCGUAUUCGAGCGUGGAGACUGCGUCGAUGAGCUCACCAAUUCUCGGGGAAUCCCGACCCAUAACUGGCUUUCCAAGGACGCGAUGUAACUACACCCACCAAAAUUGCCGGAACUGGUAGUAUUGUUUCCAGAUCGCUAUAGAAGGCGAAUUGGCGAAUAAAAUGAUUUUGUAUUUGUCGCCCCUGCUGGGGAUUUACAAAGGUUUUGACUCCAUCGAUAUCUGAACUUGCUUAUAGCUGGAAAGGUGCUUGAAUAAGGCCUUGUUUAGGUGCGGAGCUGAAAA